AUGCCUCGACCCCACAGCUACUGGUGCACAAUAUGUGCCAGAUCUUUCCCUUCUCGCCGCAACUUUGCUGUACACAACUCCCGUCAACACAAGCACCCCAAGGCUGGCCUACCGAGGUUGACCUUCCGGUAUCAUCCUCAUAUCAACGGCCGACCUUGCAACUCGGAAGGUCACUUCCUUCCUCCUGGUGCACCCCCUCCGGAACCAGAGCCUAUCAACUCAUAUGCGCCGUUUGAGAAUCGGCCGGCGUUCCAGUUCGCCGAACUCAUCUUCAAAAAGAUACAAGCAUCGCAAGGUAACAUCAACGACCUACUGAGGAGUCUAGCCGCAUACAAUGUCACGCAAGGUGGCAGCGACCCGCCGUUCGAGGAUGCUGCAGAGCUCUACGAGACGAUCGAUGCCAUUCCGUACGGCGACGCGCCAUGGACGACAUUCACUGUUCAAUACUCUGGACCUGUCGACGAGGAGUCGCCGUCCUGGAAGCGCACCGAAUACGUCGUCCACUGUCGCAACUCCCGACAGGUCGCUCACAACAUGAUCGGAAACGAAGACUUCACUGGGCAAUUCGAUACGACUCCGUAUCAGGAGUACAUCACACCCGGUAAAGUAUCGUUCUCGAACACGAUGUCAGGGCAGUGGGCGUAUAGACAGGCUACCAAGAUCGCGCAGGAUCCGGAAACUCAUGGGUCAAUGCUGACACCUGUCAUCCUCGGCGCUGACAAGACCACUGUAUCUGUCGGCACUGGCAACUCAGAGUUCCACCCGCUAUACAUGUCAAUCGGUAAUGUACAUAAUGCGGUCAGGCGCGCUCACAAGGACGCGAUCAUCCCGAUUGCGUUCCUAGCGAUACCGAAGGCGGCACGAGGCAAGGCCGAGACUGAUGAGUUUCGAACGUUCCGCAAACAAUUGUACCACGCCUCAAUCGCACACAUCAUGUCGCCGCUGCGACCUUACAUGGAGACCCACGACGUUGUACGCUGCCCCGACGGACACUUCCGGCGAACAAUAUACGAGCUCGGGCCGUUUAUUGCGGACUAUCCCGAGCAAGUUCUCCUCGCAGGCAUAGUGACAGGGUGGUGCCCGAAAUGUCUCCUUCCACCCGAAGAUCUACAUAAAGCCGGAGGAGAGCCGCGCUGUCUCGAGCACACCGUGGAGCUUAUCAGAACAUUCGAUGCUGACGAAGCCUGGGUCGCAUGGGGAGUCGAUGCAAACAUCAUUCCGUUCACGACCUACUUCCCCCGCGCCGACAUCUAUGAGCUCAUUACCCCCGAUCUGCUCCAUCAGCUCAUCAAGGGGACAUUCAAGGACCACCUCGUCGACUGGGUGGAGCAGUACCUGUACCUUGUGCAUCCCAAGGCCGAGGCUCGUCGAAGAAUGGACGACAUUGAUCGCAGGCGAGACUGUUCUCAGAUCGCAGCCGCGCCUCAAUUUCCGGGGCUUCGUCGGUUUCCCGAGGGCCGGAACUUCAAGCAGUGGACUGGGAACGACUCGAAGGCGCUAAUGAAAGUCUACCUUCCAGCGAUACGGGGGCACGUGCCGGACGACAUGGUUCGCUGCUUUGCGGCUUACCUCGACUUCUGUUACUUAGCAAGACGAUCUACUCACGACGACAGUUCACUCGCGGAGAUGCAAGAGGCAUUAGACCGCUUCCACAGACAUCGUGUCGUCUUCGAGACCGUAGGUGUACGCCCCGAGGGUUUCUCACUCCCGCGACAGCAUGCUCUCGUCCACUACAUCGCUAACAUCCGACUCUUUGGUUCUCCGAAUGGCAUUUGCUCGUCAAUCACCGAGUCCAAACACAUCCGCGCAGUCAAGCAGCCGUGGCAACGGUCAAGUAGGAAUAACCCGUUGCCCGAGAUGCUUCGCACCAACCAACGGCUCGACAAGCUCAGUGCCGCACGGUCGAUCUUCGCCAACCGCCACAUGCUUGACGGUGAUGUCCUCGCAGAUGCAAUGAACUUGGGGCCAUUCGUAACGGAAGACGUGUUCCUUUCGGACGACAACGAGCCUGAGGAUGAGGUGAUGGAUGUCAAUGGCUAUGUGGAGGGUGUCGUCGAGCUUCCGGCACGACAAGUCUAUAUGCGUUCUGUGGAGGACCUCGCCGCGGAAUAUCAGCGACCCGAUCUUAUGGUUUUGGUUCGCCGAUUCCUAUUUGAUCAACUGCAUGCUACGGACGAAGUCGACUCGAGCACGGUGGACCUGUCGGAGUGUCCAAGAUUCCUCGGGAAGAUCGCCGUGUAUCGGACAGCACAUGCAAUGUUCUUCGCCCCGAGCGAGCUCUCCGGUGAUCGUGGCAUGCACCGGGAGCUGAUUCGAUGCAAUCAUUCUUGGCGCGGCCACCCUCGUUACGACACCGUUCUCAUCAGCAUCGACGCGGACGAGCCCAGCAUGAAAGGCAUGGCUGUCGGCCGUGUCAUGGGGCUGAUGACAAUCCCAUACAGUGGUGAACGCUACCCGUGCGCACUGAUCGAUUGGUUCGAGGUCUCGGACGAUCUGGACGACAUGACGGUAUAUGGGGAUGUUUCUAUGCCAAUUGACUUCCAUUUUUCGUAUACCCUUGAUGCUUUUGAAUCAUUCUAUGUCAAUAAUUACAGCGACUAUCAUUCACAUGAAUCUAUAUUCUAG